CUCUUGAUUAUAUACAAAAAGUUGUAUUGGGUUACUACACUGGUUAUACAGUGUUUCUGUAACCUAUAAUUUAUUUUAAAAUAACAUUUGUGCAAAUGCUUUAGGGUCAAAGGGGAUAUCAUCUCUAGUUUGCGUGGUGAUCUCCCGUGCUAAAUAUAAUCUGUAACCUGAGUUGAGUGUAGUUUUGUGAAUGAAUAGAUAUGAUUGGAUAGCAGGCUGCUAAAGCUAUUUUACAUCUCCAGCUGUCAAACCCUGUUCAGUUUUCCUCAAGGGUAGGAAUAUACUGAAAAAUGGCUGAGGCAGUCGCAAAUGUGGCCCGAAGAGUUAAUGAAACAGUAGAAGAAGGAAAGGAUUGUUUAGACCUGUCAAACUGCAAGUUAAUAAAUUUCCCAGACGGUGUAUUCAAGAUCCUUAAAAGCGUUAUCGAAAAUAUUCAUGCUGUAACAUUGGCUGACAACGUGAUGAAGGUCAUCUCCAGCAAAUUCUUUGGCUCCUUUACCCAUCUACACGAGUUGGAUCUGCAUUGCAAUGUUCUCACCAAACUGCCCGACGCUGUGGCCGACGUGGAACACUUGAAGGUCAUCGAUCUGGCCAAUAACAAGUUCUCCGUGUUCCCGGAGAAGCUCUUAGAAAUAGCCACCCUGGAGACCAUUAACCUGGAGGGGAAUAGCAUCACAGAGAUCCCAGUGGAGAGGCUUUCCGCCAUGCCUGCACUGAAGUGGAUAAACGUCAAGUCGAAUCCUUUGGACAAAGACACUCUGACUGCUCUGCAAACUCCCCACCAAUUUGAAAUUCUGUUUACAGUCGAUGCUUGAGGAAGCGCUUCCCAGAGGGUCGUCGCAUGACGAGUUGCCUUUCAGUGUCUCUUCUGCAAGAAGAGACAACUCAAUUUAGGAUAUUUUAACUGUGCCUCAUGAUGGAAAAUACAUUUCGUCUUGGAGUGUAACACAGCAUGGAUUUACACGAUUAGGGAGUGGAAAUAAAGAUAAAGGCCGACGUUGACAAGGAUUUGUGACUUCCAACGUGCAUGUGGUGCAAUAGCCUAUCAGCUGGAAGAGAGUCGAAGCUGUUGUUUGGAUGUCUUGGAUUACUUUCUGUUGGACCAGUGUAACAACAAUUAGGGUGACGUGGCAAUUUAUUUCCUCAAGCCGCUUCUGGAUUUUAUUACAACCUAUGGUUUUCAUUUGAUAAAAGAAAGACAUAGUGACUGUUAACAUGUUAUUUAUGAACUUUGGAGACUGAAGUGUUUUAAUUAAACAUUUGCUGAUC